GACUGCAGCCAGCGGGUCCCGCAGCCUCGCCGGAGACCGCCGCGCGCGGGGCAUCGCCCGAGGGUGCGGCGGCAGCGACCCGGCGGCCCGGCCGGAGCCCCGCGCGGUCCGACCCCGCAGCCCCCGCGCUCCCGCCGCCGGCCCGGGCAGCAUGAGGCGCGCGGCGCUGUGGCUCUGGCUGUGCGCGCUGGCGCUGCGCCUGCAGCCGGCUCUCCCGCAAAUUGUGGCCACAAAUGUGCCCCCCGAAGACCAAGAUGGCUCUGGGGAUGACUCUGACAACUUUUCUGGCUCCGGUGCAGGUGCUCUGCAGGACAUCACCUUGUCACAGCAGACCCCGUCCACCUGGAAGGACAUGGCACUUCUGACGGCCAUGCCCACGGCUCAGGAGCCCACCGGCGCGGAUGACAUCGACAGCUCCACGUCCAUCCUGCUGACCAGAGAGGGCCCCGAGGGGGGAGAGGCCGUGCUCGUGGCAGAGGCGGAGCCCGGCUUCACUGACCGGGAGAAGGAGACCGCCCACCCCCCCAGCGAGACCACGCCGCACCCCACCACUCACAGGGCUUCGACCGCCAGAGCCACCACGGCCCAGGGCCCUGCCACCCUCCAUCCCCACAGGGACGCGCAGCCUGACCACCAUCAGAUCUCGGUUCUUGCAGAACCCAGCCAGCUCGACCCUCACACCCCGAGAGUGGAGGACGGAGGUCCCUCUGCCACCGAGAGGGCCGCCGAGGACGGAGUCUCCACUCAGCUCCCGGCGGGAGAGGGCUCCGGGGAGCAGGACUUCACCUUUGACGUAUCUGGGGAAAACACGGCCGGGACAGCUGUGGAGCCUGACCAGCGGAAUCAACCCCCAGUGGACCGUGGGGCCACGGGGGCCUCACAGGGCCUCCUGGACAGGAAGGAAGUGCUGGGAGGGGUCAUCGCUGGAGGCCUCGUGGGGCUCAUCUUCGCCGUGUGCCUGGUGGGCUUCAUGCUGUACCGGAUGAAGAAGAAGGACGAGGGCAGCUACUCCUUGGAGGAGCCCAAACAAGCCAACGGCGGAGCCUACCAGAAGCCCAGCAAGCAGGAGGAGUUCUACGCCUGACGGGGACCGGGCUCCUCCUCCCCCUGCCACUCGCUAGGCCCCCACUUGCCUCUUCCAUGAAGAACUGCAGGCCCUGCCACCAUGCCGCCUCCCCAGCUCCCUGCCCACGGACUUCCGGGGCGCGCUGGGGGCUCUCGACUCUGCUUCUCUGACUUCUGCCUGGAGACUUGGGCGCAGGGGCUUUCUCGCGCGUGACCUUUCCACCACAGCCAGCACCUGGCAUCUCCUCAUUCUGACUCAGUUUCUCCUACCUGGAGCAGCCCCUCCCCUGACCCAACUCUGGAGAGAAAGGGGACCCCGCCGCUUCACCCCUGGAUGGGCCUGCUGGCUGAGGGCUGGCACAUCUGUAGCACUUGCUGGUGGAGACCAAGGGUCUGGGGGCAUUUCUACCCCCCGACCCCCGUCCCCCUCCCCCCCGAGUGGCGGGGAGAGGAGUGCAGAGCUCCACCAGAUUCACAUUGUUUUGUGGGGAGGUCUCAUUUAGAUAUCAACUUGUUUUUGCACAUGUUUCCUCUAGUUUCUUUGUUCAUAGCCCAGUAGACUUUGUUACUUCUGCGGUAAGUUAAGUAAGUUGAUUCGAUUACUCCCAUCUUGCUUCCCUAAUCUACGGCGAGGAGACAAGCAUCCAGGGUUAAGACUUUUUUUUUUUUUUUUUUUUUUUUUUAAACUAGGAGAACCAAAUCUGGAAGCCAACAUAUAGGCCUAUGUUGUGUGUUGUCUCUGAUUUUGUCACUCACGUGUGCAACAGGGUAUGGAAUGUGUGUCUGUGGCCCCGGCGGUGGGCUGGCUGGUCCUGGCUGCCGUGGGCAGUUGCCUCUGGAGCGGUCAGGCCUAUGCCCAUGGACUCGGGGCCGCUGUCAUAUGGGGGAGCUGCGUGAGAAUGGAAUCCUGGCACCUCUGGCUGGGGACCGAGGAGAGAGAGGACCGUCGGGUGGGCGAAGUGGCAGUGGGCCCAGAGAACCUCCUACGGACCCAGCCCUCCCUUUGGUCCCCCAGAGAAAAAGUCUCUGGGGGACAUUUUUCCUCCAGAAGGUGACGAGAGGGGUCUGGGCACACCUGGCACGGAGCUGAUCCACAGAGGACCAGGUUCACCUUUGAUUAGCUCCUGUGGCCCUGCCCUGGGCUGGAAUCAGGAAUGUUCCAAAGAGUGAUAGUCUUUUGCUUUUGGCAAAACUCUACUUAAUCCAAUGGGUUUUUCCCUGUACAGUAGAUUUUCCAAAUGUAAUAAACUUUAAUAUAAAGUAGUCAUGUGAA